AUGGCGCCCAAAUACUGGCUCGGCCAUGUGCUCCUCCUCGUCUCAUCGUGGGGGCAGCAGUGCCGCGCCGACUUCACGACGACGUUCGAAGACGUGACGCAGGGGAGCGUGCUUGCCUUGGCCUGGGGCGACGUCGAUCCGGACUCCCUCCCGCUGAUAAUCGGCGUGUCGCUAAUCAACAAGACGGAGGAUGGCUCAGCAUACGGGGUCAAGAUAAACAUAUCCACAACCGUAACCGACUCCUCAUUCCUCUGGCCAAACGUGCCCUACCCGGUGGCCUACAUCCCCACAGCCAUGUACCAAGUCGAGGUCCGGCCCUCGCACUGGAAGGGCGACCAGCAGCCCGUGCUAGCCCGAUCGCCCUUCUUCACCAUCGGGCCGAGCCAUCCGGAGGGGCAGCCGGGGACCUCCCCAUCUCCCGAUGACCCGCAGCCCACGCAGCCAGGCUCGUCACCGCACCCGAACCGAAGGCUCGCCGUCGCGCUCGCCGUGGGCAUCGGGCUCCCGUCGCUCGUGGCCGGCGUGCUGGUGGGGUGGUGCGUCCGGAGGCGGCGCCGGAGGGCGGCCGAGGCGCUGCGGAGGCGGAGGAGGAUGGAGUUUGUGAUCAAUUGAGGGCCCCUCCUCGCUGGCUCCUUUCCGCGGGGGAUUCGGCGGGCUGCUGCCUGGGCUGAAGAUGGGGGGUUGGUGCUGCGCGUGGGUUGGGAAUAGAGAGGCGCUAUGGUCGUUGGGGAAGGGAUAGGUGGCUCUCUUUGUUUAGGUAGGGUCGGGUCAUAUGUUGGGUGGUGCUGUGCUAGUGUUACGAAGUCCGAUGAUUUAAU